AGAUCCCACAUUUUACUUUGGAAUACUAAAAAUACAAGCUUUAUUCAAAUUUACUUUUGUUUUUCUCUUUCUGAGUUAUCAGGUUUCAAAAGUAUUGCUUAAUAAGUCAGUUUUUAAACUCACAUUGUAGUACUGGGCAUAAUUUGUCCCUAAGGCAAAGAUCACUGCUACUUUUGUCUGAAAAUACACAACUGGGAAUCUCAGCAAAUGCUAAUGAUUUAUUAUUAUGUUUAUGAGUCAGUCAUUAGCAGCAGCGUGAUUUGUUCUAUGAACAUGUUCACGCCUUCUUUUGAACAGGUUUUGUGCCUGCCCUUCUUCCUCCUGCUGUGUCACUGGAGCUUAGUGUCUAGGCAGCCCAACUGCUCUGGGCUGUGGUUCUACGAUGGCUCCUACAGGGCUGCCCUGCCUGCUCCCCCUGUGUGCGUGUCUGCUGCUCACACCUGGCCUGGCCGAGGCAGGCAAGCUGCUGGUGGUGCCCAUGGAUGGGAGCCACUGGUUCACCAUGCGGUUGGUUGUGGAGAGACUCAUCCAGAAAGGACAUGAGGUGGUUGUGGUCAUGCCAGAGGUGAGCCGGCAACUGGGAGAACUAGAAAAUUGUACAACAAAGAUUUAUAGAACUUCUUAUUCCUUGAAGGAUUUGGACCGUGAGUUCAUGUAUUUUGCCAAUGAUCAAUGGGAAAAUCGGAGACAAACUUUAUAUUCUCUUUUAUUGACAUCAGCCAGAGGUGUUUUUGAGUUAUUUUUUUCACAUUGUAGGAGUUUGUUUAAUGACCAACAAUUAGUAGAAUACUUAAGAGAAAGCUCUUUUGAUGCUGUGUUUCUGGAUCCUUUUGAUAUGUGUGGCUUAAUAGUUGCCAAGUACUUUUCACUCCCCUCAGUGGUCUUCAGCAGGGUGGUAUUUUGCCAUUAUCUUGAAGAAGGUGCACAGUGCCCUGCUCCUCUUUCUUAUGUUCCCAGAGGUCUCUUAGGGUACUCGGAUGCCAUGACUUUCAAGGAGAGACUACGGAACACUCUCUUCCACUUGGAGGAACACUUGUUGUGUCCCUAUUUUUACAAACCUGCCUUAGAAAUUGCUUCUGAAAUCCUGCAGACACCUGUCACAGCAUCUGAUCUCUUCAGCCACACGUCAGUCUGGUUGCUGCGAAAUGACUUUGUUUUGGAAACUCCCAGACCCCUGAUGCCUAACAUGAUCUUCAUUGGGGGCAUCAACUGCCACCAGGGAAAGCCAUUGCCUAAGGUGAGUUGUCUCUCCUGUAGCAGAAUAGGCAUAAUCUGGUUUUGGAUCAAAAAAAAAUAUUCCUUACUGGACUAUGAAUUCUUAUUUACGUUCAUCAAAUUUGGAAUUGCUUUCUGGUUUAAUGAAUUAUUUUGUGUUAAUGCACUUAACUGUGAAGUAGCAAACUGUGUCAUUUGAUACACACAUAUACACACUUAAUAUAGUUGUACAUAAUUUCCAAGCUGCACUU